AUGUUGCCAUUCGUUAUCACCAAAUAUUUGAUUGUUUUGACAAUAAUUACAAUAUUAUCAAUUGCUGAAACAGAUGCACAAGGAGGUGCACAAACACUUAUGUCCUUCCUCAGCAAUUUAAUAGACAGAGACUCGCUGAACAACAAUGCUAACGCAAUACAGAGAUUCAGUGUUGAAUUACGUGAUCGAAGAGAAGAUCAAACUACUACUCAAGCUCCACAAACUACUUCUAAUCCAUUGUUGCAGCUUUUGGAACAAUUCUUUAGGGGUUUUUCUCAAAGGUCAAUGUCUAGUGCGGGCUUCCCAUCUCUGUCUCAAUAUGGGUAUUAUUAUCCAUACGGAACAUAUGGUG